AUACUAGGGAGUGUCUGUUAGUGGGAACGAGACGUCUCUAGUGGAGACACGAGAUACAUCUUUCCCGGUCAACACUGAGUACAAAAGGCAAAAGGCAUUUUAGGUCAGUUCAUCCGAAGACUGUCGUCUCUCAGAUUGCUCAUCAUGGACUGCCACGUUGAAGAAUGCAGCCAACCCCAGGAGGAGGAGGACAUCAUGGACAUACCUCUGGAUGACCCCGAGGCCAACAAGGCAGCUGCCAAGAUCCAGGCUGGCUUCCGUGGUCACAUGACCAGGAAGAAGAUUAAGCCUGCUGACAAGCCUGAGGGGGAGGAAGAGGAGGAGGAGGAAGUGAGCAGCAGCGGUGAGGCCCUCAACGGAAACCAGGGGAACACAGUAUCAGGAGGAUCAGAGGGAGUAGAGAGAGAUGACACAUCUGUGCCGGAACAGUGAAGCCUCUGACCUCGAUGAAGAGAAGAAGAAGAAGAAGAAGAAGAGGAGGCAUGGCUGUGGCUGUACCUUUUUUUCCAAGGGGAGCAACUUUCUAUGUAACACAAAAAAAAGCAGUGUAUUAUCCAGAUUUUGGGAUGUGUCAUCUGAUUUGUGAACUCUUAAACACUCCUGCUUCCAGGCCCAACCUGCGUGGAUCGUCUUUGACCCAAAUUUGCAUCUCUCACUGCAUGUACUUGUGAAAGAUAUGUGAGGCUGAUAUUAAGUGUUUUCUCAUGCUGAACAGGGCUAAUUUGAGUCGAGUAUAAAGUUUGUGUACAAUGAUGCAUUAUGAAUGCACGACAUCCGCUGGAAUGCUUGUUUCUGCGUUGUUUCAGGUGCUUGUAUAAUUACUAUUUCAUUAUUUCUGGUGUACACAAUAUCGCUAAAAGGGAGGUAGAGACCCUUAUUGGUUAUUGGAAGGCAUACUAUUUAAGUUGAUAAUGAAUGUAUUGUUAUUUAGAUUUGUAGUCUUUAAGUGUUGUGCACCGUAAUGAAUACUGGAAUUACUUUCACAUAUUGGUCAGCGUCACCAUUUUCUCCAAAUCAGAUCUUCCAGUAAGUAAUGCAGUACUAUGUACUAUAGUUUAUUUGCAGAUAGUAGUACUCACGUUAAGCUUUAUCCUUAGAUAAAUUGAGUCAUAUCCUCUGCUAAACUAUUGACCUAAAUCAGGUGGUAAUAUUAUCAGGGGUUGGAACCAAAAUUAUUUUCCAAUCGUUUUGUUCUGAACAGAACCAUCUUUCUUUCUUUUUUUCCCCAUUCCACUGUUUCGACCUGCAAAAUGAAGUUCUGAACCGGCUCUUACCCCCAAAAAGUACCAGUAUAUAUCUUUCAUUUCUGUUCUUUUAUAAACGUCUGAAAUAUAUAUAUUUUUUACAUUAACUCAACAUUAAAUUACUUCACCAAUUAGUGCGGAUAGAGCAGCUUGCUAUGGAGCGGGCAAGCUAUAGUUGUUUUAGCCAAGGCAGCCGUUAGGCUAGGCUACAUUUGUUAACAUGCGCGAUGGACGGUCAUGUGUAGGGCAUGAGAUGCAACUGAAAUUUUGCAGGUGGGGAGAGAGCGAGAAAUGCUGAAGUGGGAGGCUUGACUUGAAGCGCUGGGCAUUAUUAUGACAUGCAUCAUCUGAAUUAGGGCCACAUCAUUAUUCCUACAGAGGAGCAGUUUCUAUGGAGGAACUUUGAAUGUCUUUGAGUGUUGAGUGUUGGCUUAAAAUUGAACCAGAGCUAGCUAGCUAGCUUUCUAACAAGCUUGUGUGUGCAGAGUGGCACCAGAAUUAAAAACACAUCAUACCUUUUUGUAGUUAACAAAUCCAAUGUGAAACGUGAUAGUAUCUGUAACUAGCAUCGAAAGAGAAUCCAUUCUUCUCUAAUUAGAAAUCUGAAUUUCUGAAUCACGCUUGUAACGUCAGUAGGCUACAGUAGACUAAGCUUCGGAGGGAGAGGGGCAGGUUGCCUACACAUGCAGACACACUGGCGAAGAUUUUCAGCUGGCAGGCAGACACUGGAAUAGGUAUUUGAGUGACGGAGUGAGGGCUUUGCAAAGGCACAUUGUUGCAUUUUUUAUGGGACUGAAAAAAAUGCCUGGAAUGUAAAAUAACGUUAUUAACCGGUCACCAUGCUUUUAAAUGAACUGUCCUGUUCCAGAACGGUAUAGAUCACUUUCGUUCAUAGUUCUGAUUCUGUUCCUCAAUUUUUUUUGUUAUUUUCUGGUUUUCGGUUCUGUUCCCUGAACCAGUUCCAACCCCUGAUUAUCAUCAUGCCUCAUGAACAGAUUGAAUUAAGUAAUUGUAAAGGAAUAACAGUUGUAAAUCAAUAAAUCCAUAUAAAAUGUU